AGUGAUGGAGUAAAAAGUUUUCCCUCCACUUUUCGGUUACCCUAUUGGCAUCCAUAUCUGAACUCAAAAUUGAAAAGGCAGCAAAGCCACUCUCUUCUUGUUUCUCUAAAACACAACAAUGGAAGUGGGAAGGUUACCGCUCUCAGCAUCACAAAGAGGCAAGCUCAUAUCAGCGGGCUAUACUACUCUGGCUUCGCUCUCAUCCAUCUCUCCCUCCGACCUCGCUCGAGAUUUACAAGUUCCAGAGAGUGAAGCUUUCGAAAUGCUCAAGGUUGCAAAACUUGGUUGUGGGUUGGAACAGCCAGAUAAACAUACGGCUAUUGUCAAUGGUGCACAAACUGCUUGGGAUAUCCUCAAUGAGGAGAGGUUGUUACCACGCAUUACUACAUCUUGUGCCGAUCUAGACAAAAUUCUCGGUGGGGGAAUUAAUUGUAAAGAAGUUACUGAAAUUGGUGGAGUUCCAGGCAUUGGUAAAACACAGCUUGGGAUUCAACUUGCAGUGAAUGUGCAAAUUCCUGUUGAUUGUGGUGGCUUAGGUGGAAAAGCAGUAUAUAUUGAUACUGAAGGCAGCUUUAUGGUGGAGCGGGCUCUACAAAUUGCUGAAGCUUCUGUAGUAAACUGGUCAUCUUAUAGUGAACUUUUGCGGAAGGAAUCCCAAGCUUGCCAAGUUGAAAUACAGCCUACUGAUAUCCUGGAAAAGAUAUAUUAUUUUCGCAUUUGCACUUCCACAGAGCAAAUUGCCCUGAUAAAUUACUUAGACCAAUUCAUCUCGGAGCAUAAAGAUGUUAAGAUUGUUAUCAUUGAUAGUGUUACUUUUCACUUCCGCCAAGAUUUUGAGGACUUUGCUCUCAGGAAUCGAUUACUUGGUGGAAUGGCCUUAAAGUUGAUGAACCUUGGAAAAAAGUACAAUCUGGCGGUUGUCAUAUUCAAUCAAGUAACCACUAAGUGUACAGAAGGUUCAUUCCAAUUGAGUCUAGCAUUGGGUGAUAGCUGGUCACAUUGUUGUACAAAUCGAGUCAUAUUGUAUUGGAAUGGUGAUGAACGGAAUGCAUACAUAGACAAGUCACCUUCUUUACGAUCCGCAUCAGCCUCAUUUUCUGUGACCAGUGGAGGGAUUAGGAAUUCUGCUUCAAAACACAAACGAAUCAGAGUGAUGUGAGGUCCCCAUUAUGAUAAGCUACAAGAUUGAGAUAAAAUCAUUGGGAAUAGAACCUGCAAAGAGAAUGGAAGCCAGAAUUGCAAAUGAUUGAGGAACAAUAUGUCCUUCAUGGAACAUUGAAAUGCAGGUUGUAUUGUGCAUCAGAUUGAUUGUUAUUCCAACUUUAACUGCUAUUUAAUUAGAUACCUAAUAGGUUGCAGUGCCUUGACUAUUUGGUGCCACAUAUGUUUUGUAGAUCAAUGUUUCUUAAUCCGCAGCCAACAAUCCUUCAUUAACAGAAAUGUACCACUUAGUACUGGAAUUCGGAACUAAUUUUUUUUUUUUUUUUUAACAAUAUUUUAUUUUAGAUACAAUCGAUGUGGCAGGAUGCUAUAGAAUGUUGAGAGAGGAACGCAUGUUUGAGAGAACAUAUAAUAUUGCUGAAUGUUUAUAUAUAUCUGCUUAUGUUUGGUGAUGA